CUCGACGCAUGGAGAACGUUUCUCCCAUCUCUCCCGUAGAAGCUCUGGUUUCCAGCAUUGUCCGGGAAUCGGACAAGUAUCCCAGAAACUAUUCGCACCCUGUCACCUACGGUGUCGGUGGCUUUCGAACGAGAGCUGAAUAUGUCCCCAGCAUUGCCUUCCGGACGGCCGUUGUCGCCUGUUUGUGCUCCAUGAAACACCAAGGAGAUGUCGUUGGAAUCAUGGUCACUGCAUCGCACAACCUGUAUCGGGAUAACGGUGUCAAAAUUACCAACACUCUCAGUGAGGCCGUUGCGUCCAAGUGGAAUUCAUUUUUGAACCAAAUCGUCAAUGCUGACUCGGCAGACGAGCUGACGAUGUGUCUCUACCGUCUCUUCGAAAAGACGGGCAUCGAGUUGAACACAAUGCCCCACACUGUGGUUGCCCGGGACACUCGUCCGUCCUCUCCCCAGUGUGUAGAUGCGAUUCUUGACGCGUUCAAAGUCUGCAAGGCCGCUUAUGAAGACUUUGGACUGCUCACAACUCCCCAAUUGCAUUAUAUUGUUAAGGCUUACCAUACCCUUGAUACGCCCGAGUCCAUCGGAACUCCCACUGAACGUGGCUACUACGAAAAGCUUGCCCGUGGCUUUUUGUCUAUGAUGGAAGGCAGAGCAUCGCGCGGAACCCUGUACAUCGACGCUGCAAACGGUGUGGGGGCUCUGAAGUUAAAACCGUUACUGGCUUUUCUUGAUGAGGACGUUCUUCAAGUUAAAAUUAUAAAUGACAGCGUUGAUAACCCUGAACGUCUCAACUAUCAGUGUGGAACUGAUUUCGUAAAGACACAGCAGAAGCCGCCCAUUGGAAUCCAGUUUUCAAAACACCAGCGCUGUGCUUGUUUUGAUGGUGAUGGUGAUCGGCUCGUUUACUUUAGUUGUGGAAUUCGCUGCUUCCAUCUGCUUGAUGGCGACAAAAUUGCCGCACUUUUCACCAUUUUCCUUCUUGAUCUUAUUCGUGCCGCUGGUUUGGAACUGAAAAUAGGUGUUGUACAGACCGCAUAUGCUAAUGGCUCCAGUACUACAUUUUUCCAAAAGUCGCUAAAGGUGCCUGUUGUUUUUGUAUCUCCUGGUCCAAAAAAUUUGCAACAAGGUUGCCAAGCAUACGAUAUCGGUGUGUGUUUCGAGGCUAAUGGCCACGGAACCGUAAUUUUCUCGCCCUCAGCUCGAGCAACAAUCAUGAAUUACGAAGUUUCUUCUCCGGCCCAGUUUUCCGCUUUGCGGAUGAUCAAAAAUUUCAUGGCACUGGCGAACCAAUCGAGUGGUGAUGCGCUUGCUAACAUGUUGUUGGUUGAAGCGGUGUUGUGUCACAAGAAUUGGACGCUGAAGGAGUGGAAUCAGUUGUACACAGAGUUACCCAAUUUUCUCAUUCGUUGUGAGGUCAAUGAUCCAAGCAAGUUUACCACAAUGGACGCUGAGCGUCGACUUGUAACACCUGAAGGCAUGCAGGCAAAGGUGGAUGCACUUGUCGCAAAAUAUACAAACGGCCGGGCGUUUGUACGUUCUUCUGCAACAGAAGAAGCUGUUCGAGUUUACGCAGAAGCCAGUACGCGCGCUGAAGCCGAAGAUUUGGCCCUGCACAUCGCUGAUGCUAUUCAUUAGAUUGAAUAUUGCUUUCUAGUCAGGUUUGCAUCUUUAGAUGCGUUUCGUUCGUAUGCGUUUCCUCACGAAUUUCCUUUCCUAUUCUUUUUUGAUGAUCUACGACUAUGAAGUUCUAAUGGGAUUCUUCUCAUCAAACACAUAAAUACUAUGUCCUUUUUAUAGAGGAACGACAUGCAGGGGUUGUUAGGGGUAUUAGAGGUCGAC